GGAUAAGAAAGUAAAAAAACGAAUAGAAGUUAUCUCACGUAUUCAUUUUUCAUUCAUUUACCCUUAUUACUUUUUGUCUUGUUUCUUUUUUUCUUUUUUUCUACAUAGAAUUUUAUUCAAUACAGAGAAAAUCACAGGAAAAUAAUGUCGACUGACAGUAAAAAAAAAAAAGAAAAACGUGAGAAACUUGAAGGGUUAAUAGCUAAACGUAGAGCCGAAGGAGCUAAUGAAGAAGACAAUGACAAUAGAAAGAAUAAACAGAAAUCAGCCACUAGCACUCCAAGUUCUUCUAAAACAACAACACCCACUAAAGCUUCAAAAGCACGAACUUCCCCCACUGCAAAACCUAAGCAACCUCCACCCAAGCCUAAAGGAGGUAGACCACCACGUCAAGAUCAAUAUGAAGAUGAUGGUUUCAUUGUAGAUGAUAAUGAAGAAGAGGAAGAGGAAUCUGAAACAGAGAGCGAUGAUGCUACUGAAGAAGAAUUUGGAUCAUCUGAAUCUGGUUCUGACGAUAGUAAGAAGAAAAGGAAGAAAGGAAAACCAAAACAAAAGAAUAAUGCUAAAAAGAAGCAGAAGAAAAAGACACAGAAGAGGAGAAAGGAUGAGGACAGUGACGAUGAUGAUUCCGAAGAUGAUUCAAGAAAAAAAUCGAGUAAGAAAAAGAAAGGUGGAUCAGACUCCGAGGAUUUGGAUCCAGAAAAAGAAAAAAAUGAUUUACUGGAAGAUCUUGAAGUCAUCGACUCGGGAUCCAUCAUGAAAGGGAGGACAAGAGGAAAAAAGAUAGAUUUUACAGGAAUGGAUCCUUACGACGACGAAUAAAUAUUAUGAUAUAAGAAAACAACAAUAUUUCGACUCUUUUUGCUAUAAGGUUUUAAAUCGCUUAAUUCUCGUUAUUCAAGGAAGGUUAGUUUUGGAUAUAAAAUAUUCUUUUUUUUGAAAAGUAUUAGAAUUCAGAAUUCAGUUAUAAAUUUCCGUAAAACAAGUAAAUAAUAAAAUGAAAAAAAAAAUUGCAAAAAACUAAAUCAAUCAGUACAAAAUUUCUUGUAUUUUAUUAAAUUUAAUUAUUUAAUUUUGGUUAUUAUAAAUUAAACGAUUAAAGAA